AUGGAGUGCUCUAAACUCUAAACGCCAACGUGACGGCCUAAAAGCUGAGUCUCCUGUCAAGAGUCUAUUAAAGCACCCCGGUUCUUCAUCUUCUGCAUCAAACUCAAGCUCUUGCACUAGUAAGAAGCGCUCACACAUAUUCCUUCAUAUUCUCUCCAAAUCUCUUGUUCAGUUCUCUUUCCCCUCCUAAGAAAAAAACAUGGGUGUCACCACAUAUACCCAAGAAUUCACAACCCCCAUUGCUCCAUCAAGAAUGUUCAAGGCUUUGAUCGUUGAUUCUCACAACCUAAUUCCCAAGAUUGCCCCUCAAGGUAUUAAGAGCAUCGAGUUUGUUGAAGGAGAUGGAGGAGCCGGAAGCAUCAAGGUCACCAACUUUGCUGAAGGUGGCCACUUGAAGUCCGUGAAGCACAAGAUUGAUGCUCUCGAUACCGAGAACCUAGUCUGUAAGUAUACUUUGAUCGAAGGUGAUGUGAUCUUUGACAAGAUCGAAUCUGUUGUCUACGAGGUUCAAUUCUUGCCUUCGGGCGAUGGUGGAUGUGUCUGUAAGAUGACUAGUGAGUACCACACUAAGGGUGAUGUGGAGCUCAAGGAAGAAGAUAUCAAACAGGGUAAAGAAAAGGCUAUGGGACUCUACAAAGUUGUUGAGGAGUACUUGUUGGCAAACCCUGACAUCUAUGCGUAAAUCGCAACUUCUUCCUGUGCCGUUUCCAUCAUGCGUCAGCUUGCUUAAUUUUCCUUUUUCUGUCACGAUAAGGGAUAUGCAAGUGUUUGUACUGUAAUUAUGAGUGUGAUUGAAUAAGUCUCCAUAGAACCGGUUGAUGUUCCACGGGUAAAAUCGAUGUAAUAUCGGAUCGGAGUGGAGAGUUUUCUUGGUUGACUGGCUCUUCACGUUUUCAUUUUCAUGUUUUUUAUCCUAUGAGAAAAUGAUGUGACCGUAUAAUAUCAUUUUCCAAAAGUUUGAGAUCUUUUCGAAGAAGUGGUGGGAGAUCAUCUAAUAAAUUAUUCACAAGAUAUCCUUCA